AGCAGGGUUAGUUUUGCAUGUACCUAAGUGAUUUGCAUAACCCGGCGGCCGGGGGCUCCGAAGGCGAGCGUGCAACCCUAGAAGGGAAAAGGACGCCCAGAGCGGGAGCCGCGGCGGGGAGGACGCGGACAGCCGGGGUGUUUGUGAGAGCCGGAGCGGGGGCUGGGGCGCCGGGCCGGCAUGGCUGGAGGCUGCGCUCCGCAACCUUGAGGAGCAGUGUGGCUGGAGGAGGCCCGGGACAGGAGGCGGCGGCGAUGGCAGCGCGCGGCCCCCGCAGCUGCUCUGGGCCGGCCCGGCUGGCCUGAGCCACCGAGCCGCGGGGCUGCCCGUGCGCGUCCAUGGAGCAGCGGGAAGGGAGGCACUGCGGAGCGCCGCGUCCUUGCGCUGCAGCGGUGGACUACUGAAGGGAGCGAGCGCACGCGGACCGCCGAGGGACUGCGCCCGGGCCCCGAGUCCGGCCUCCGGCUGCCCCGGGGGCGGCGGAGGGCAACCGAGGCGAGCCGAGCGAGAGGCGCCGCCGGAGAGGCGGGCGCGGGCGGCGGCCGCAGCAAUGCCGGGCCCGCUGCGGCUGCUCUGCUUCCUCGCCCUCGGGCUGCUCGGCUCGGCCGGGCCCAGCGGCGCGGCGCCGCCUCUCUGCGCGGCGCCCUGCAGCUGCGACGGCGACCGUCGGGUGGACUGCUCCGGGAAGGGGCUGACGGCGGUGCCGGAGGGGCUCAGCGCCUUCACCCAAGCGCUGGAUAUCAGUAUGAACAAUAUCACCCAGUUACCAGAAGAUGCGUUUAAGAACUUUCCUUUUCUAGAGGAGCUACAACUGGCUGGCAACGACCUUUCUUUUAUCCACCCCAAAGCCUUGUCUGGGUUGAAAGAGCUCAAAGUCCUAACUCUCCAGAAUAAUCAGUUGAAAACAGUACCCAGUGAAGCCAUUCAUGGACUGAGCGCUUUGCAGUCUUUACGCUUAGAUGCCAACCACAUUACCUCAGUCCCCGAGGACAGUUUUGAAGGGCUUGUUCAGUUACGGCAUCUGUGGCUGGAUGACAACAGCUUGACCGAAGUGCCUGUGCGUCCCCUCAGCAACCUGCCAACCCUCCAGGCACUGACCUUGGCUCUCAACAACAUCUCCAGCAUCCCUGACUUUGCAUUCACCAACCUUUCAAGCCUGGUGGUUCUGCAUCUUCAUAACAAUAAAAUUAAAAGCCUCAGUCAACACUGUUUUGAUGGACUAGAUAACCUGGAAACUUUGGACUUGAAUUAUAAUAACUUAGAUGAGUUUCCUCAGGCUAUUAAAGCCCUUCCCAGCCUAAAAGAGCUGGGAUUUCACAGCAACUCUAUUUCUGUUAUCCCUGAUGGAGCAUUUGGUGGUAAUCCACUGUUAAGAACUAUCCAUUUGUAUGAUAAUCCUCUGUCUUUUGUGGGGAACUCAGCAUUUCACAACCUGUCUGAUCUGCAUUCCUUAGUCAUUCGUGGUGCAAGCCUGGUGCAGUGGUUCCCCAACCUGACCGGAACUGCCCAUCUGGAGAGUCUAACCUUAACAGGGACAAAGAUAAGCAGCAUUCCUGAUAAUCUGUGCCAAAACCAGAAGAUGCUGAGGACUCUGGACUUGUCCUACAACAACAUAAGAGACCUGCCAAGUUUCAAUGGUUGUCACGCAUUGGAAGAAAUUUCAUUGCAGCGUAAUCAAAUCUACCUAAUAAAGGAAAACACUUUUCAAGGCCUAUCAUCCCUAAGGAUUCUAGAUCUGAGUAGGAACCUAAUCAGUGAAAUUCACAGUGGAGCUUUUGCGAAGCUUGGGACAAUCACCAACCUGGAUAUAAGUUUCAAUGAAUUAACUUCACUUCCUACGGAAGGCCUGAAUGGGCUCAAUCAACUAAAACUUGUAGGCAACUUCAAGCUGAAAGAUGCCUUGGCAGCAAGAGACUUUGCUAACCUCAGGUCUCUAUCAGUACCAUAUGCUUAUCAGUGUUGUGCAUUUUGGGGGUGUGACUCCUAUGCAAAUUUAAACACAGAAGAUAACAGCCUCCAAGACCACAGUGUAACAAAGGAGAAAGGUGCCGCUGAUGCAGCAAAUGUCACCAGCACUGCUGAAAAUGAAGAACAUAGCCAAAUAAUUAUCCACUGUACACCUUCAACAGGUGCUUUCAAGCCCUGUGAAUAUCUACUGGGGAGCUGGAUGAUCCGCCUUACAGUGUGGUUCAUUUUCCUGGUUGCCUUGCUUUUCAACCUGCUGGUCAUUGUCACAGUGUUUGCAUCUUGCUCGUCACUGCCUGCCUCCACACUCUUCAUAGGCUUGAUUUCUGUGUCUAACUUACUUAUGGGCAUCUAUACUGGCAUCCUUACUUUUCUUGAUGCUGUGUCUUGGGGCCGAUUUGCAGAAUUUGGCAUUUGGUGGGAGACUGGCAGUGGCUGCAAGGUAGCUGGGUCUCUGGCGGUCUUCUCCUCAGAGAGCGCCGUAUUCCUCUUAAUGCUGGCAGCCGUGGAGAGAAGCUUAUCUGCAAAGGAAAUAAUGAAAAACGGGAAGAGCAGUCACCUUAAACAGUUUCGGGUCGCUGCCUUCGUAGCUUUCCUGGGUGCUGCCAUAGCAGGCUGCUUUCCCCUUUUCCAUGGAGGGGAAUAUUCUGCAUCCCCCUUGUGCUUGCCAUUUCCUACAGGAGAAACCCCAUCAUUAGGAUUUACUGUGACCUUAGUGCUGUUAAACUCGCUAGCAUUUUUAUUAAUGGCCAUUAUCUACACUAAACUGUAUUGCAACUUGGAGAAAGAAGAUCUGUCAGAAAACUCACAGUCUAGCGUGAUUAAGCACGUUGCUUGGCUGAUCUUCACCAACUGCAUCUUUUUCUGCCCUGUUGCAUUUUUCUCAUUUGCACCAUUGAUCACGGCGAUCUCUAUCAGCCCCGAAAUAAUGAAGUCUGUUACACUGAUAUUCUUCCCAUUGCCCGCUUGCCUGAAUCCGGUCCUGUAUGUUUUCUUCAACCCAAAGUUUAAAGAAGACUGGAAGCUACUGAGACGGCGCAUUACCAGGAAACACGGAUCUGUUUCGGUGUCCAUCAGCAGCCAAGGUGGUUGUGGAGAACAGGAUUUCUACUAUGACUGUGGCAUGUAUUCCCACUUGCAGGGUAACCUGACCGUGUGCGACUGUUGUGAGUCAUUUCUUUUGACAAAACCAGUAUCCUGCAAACACUUAAUAAAAUCACACAGUUGUCCUGUGUUGACAGUGGCCUCUUGCCAAAGACCAGAGGGCUAUUGGUCUGACUGUGGCACACAGUCAGCCCACUCUGACUAUGCAGAUGAAGAAGAUUCCUUUGUCUCAGACAGUUCUGACCAGGUGCAGGCCUGUGGACGAGCCUGCUUCUACCAGAGUCGUGGAUUCCCUCUGGUACGCUAUGCUUAUAAUCUACCAAGAGUCAGAGACUGAACUACUGUGUCUGUAACCAUUUCCCCCAUCAACCAAAUCACAGUGCUCAUAGAGUGAGCUGUCUGUCUUUUGACCUUUCAUCUGGGAAGCACUUCUGUAAUCACUGCCUGGUAUCACUCAGAAGAGGAGGAAGGUGGCAGUUUAUUUCUCAAACCAGACAUUUGUGAAGAAUGGGUGCCUAAAUUAUAUAUUGUUGAAAAAAAUGCAAUGCCCCGGCGAUGUGUAGACCAAUUGAAAUAAAUACAACUUAAAAAUUAUUUGCUGUAUGGCAUAGCAAUAUAAAAUGUUUUGGGUUUUUUUUUUUUUUUCUGAUUCAUCAGGUGCAAAGUUCAAACUAUUUCUGAAUUAAGCACAAGAUAAAGGACAGCUGUUAAUAUUUUUUAAUUGAAAAUGUGAAUUUAUAAAACUGAGCAAAAGUCUUCUAAUUUUACCUAAUGUUUCAUCAUUAAUCUCAGGACGACUUACUUCAGGGCCAAAAAAGGGAUGUCUCCCAGCUAGAGCUGUGAGAAUUCAAACCGGCAUUACCUUCAUGUUUUUUCUGUGUCCGUAAAUCAAAGGUUUUGUUCAAAUGAUUUUUAAAUCUAAAACCUGAAGAUGUUUUAAAGACAAUAUUAACAGCUGUUAGAUUUUUUUAAAAAAUAGCAAAACACUUGUUUUUGUUCAUUAUACAUUGCUUUGAUGAAAUCACGGUGAUUUUUUUCCCCUCAGUGUUUUACGGUCAGGUCCUAGGACAAAGUAAAAAGCGAAUUGCUAUGUGGGCUUAGGAGAGAUGACUAACUACUAAGUAAUAUUGAGAUUUUAAUAGUAAUCAAGGGGUUUGAUGGCUUUAUGUGAUGUUCCCAUUAACAGAUACUUCCUAAUGUCAUUGGCUGCACUGACAUUUCCAGUUUUGUUGGUGUGUUUGGAUUACACAGGAAGUAAAUUUGGGUAAUUUCAUUUAAUUGGAAGAAAUUGGUAGUAGUCACAAAGCACUUACAUUUAUCUUUUAGUGAGCUAGAGUCUCCUGUGAUGGUAUAUGAAAACUUCCAUAUGUUUUUUCCCAUCCAGCAAUUUUUUUAAAGCCCAUCCCAUAGCUCAGUUGCUAUGCUUUGGUUAAACAAGACACAUAGUAAGAGUGGGGAGAUCAAAGCUUGUCCUGUGUCUUUAAAGUUUUUUAAUUGACUUGAUUCUUACCUAUAAACUUCUGAUGUGUUCCUAUAAGGAGGCUUAACACUGGGUUAAGUCAGUAGCAAACCCAUUGCCUGGUUAAAUAAACACUUAAGCUAGAUUGCAGUUUGAUGAUUAAACUGUAUAUACUGUGCAUAUGAUGAAUUUUUAUCUCAUGUAAAUUAUUUUUAGAACACAAGUUGGGAAAUGUGGCUUCUGUUCAUUUCGUUUAAUUAAAGCUACCUCCUAAACUAUAGUGACUGCCAGUAGCAGAAUGUUAAAUUGUGGUUUAUAUAUGUGUUUUUGUGUGUGGUUUUUGUUUUUUUGUUUUGUUUUAUUUUGGUUUUUUUGCAUUGUAAAUAGUCUUGGUUGUAAAUUGUCAGUGGAAUAAAAACAGAAUCUUUGUAUAUUGAAAUCAUGUAGUUUGUAUAAAAUGUGGGAGGGAUUUAUUUACUGUGUGUUGUAAUUUUGUAAGGUCAUCUAUUUACAGCUUAAAUAAAAUGUUUGUAUAUUUACACAUCUGAUAAAUAUUAAAUCAUAACUUGGUAAGAAAAUCCUAAUUAAAGGCUUUCUUCCGAAAAUUCAA